CCAUAAUGUAGAAUAUCUUCACAGCCGACAGAGUUGUAAAGGGGAAGGCAAUCAGUUUGUCAUUAAGUAGAACUCGAACUGUAGUGAGCAGACAGUAGAGUCAGUGAUUCCCACAUUUUUUUGGUAACAACAGUUGUCAUACAGGGAUUUUUGUGAACGAUUCUGUUUAGAAAGUGUUGCUGUCAAUUAAUGAGUAUUAAGCUGUCAGAGAACGAUUAAAAUGAGCUCCAGCACGCCAACAGACGGAAAUAUUCUAGAACGGUGACAGGAGAGACUAUGAGAUCAUACGAAAAUUUGAUGGCCCUAUCAAUCGAUAAAUUCCCAAAAUUUGUGUCUAUAACAAUUGAAUCACGUACUGGAAAAAUCAUAUUUCUGAUUGCUCGUGUGGAUUAUGGGGAAGUUUGACAUUGUCAACAAGCGGUCUCCAUGGUACCGUACGGAACCUCUGAUAGCAGUGGAUGGACAACAUGUGUUCUCUCAGAAGAGACAAAUUCUGAUUCUUCAGAUUACGCUACCACACAUAUCGCAGACAAGUUAUCUGCAAGCUCCGAGAUACAAGAGAAGAUCCCUCACCUGAUGCUGGACGAAUUUUUAUUCCAUGUUUUGCGCUGGAAACCACGAUGGCUUACUGGUGACCAGAGCAAUGAAGAAUCUUCUGAUCAAUUUCAAUCAUCGAGGCCUACCUCAUUAUCUUAUGAAACAAUUGAGGAUUAUUGCAAAGUCAUGCUUCCGCUUUUACUGCUGGAAUUUUGGCAGGUAUUAAAGAAGGACAGGGACGAUCAAGAGAAUGAGAGGAAGGACACGGGAAAUGAGAUGGGAAAGGGAAAGAGGAAGGGAAAGGAAGAGAUGUCACGGACUAUAACUGCCACCCUUGAGGAUGAGAUAUUGGGGAGUGCACCGAACGGUGAUUAUCCAUUUUUAAUACUUAGUUUGUCUGCAUCUCCAACCGCCACAACAAACUAUCCAGUGCGAGGGGAUCUCGUGAAAUUUCUAAAUAAUAGAGAAGAAAUUUUUGGCUACAUUCAAGACUGUAAGAAGGUUAAGACGGUGCAAAGUUCUUGGUCUUCAUUCGUUGAGCUACAAUACUCGAUGAAAACUCAAAAGUUAAAGUAUAAUUGGUCUUCCUAUGACACCUUAAAGUUGACGACUGUCUACCCAAUGGGAGCUUAUCUGAGGUUUGUGAGGGCUAUGGAUGAUCUGUCCAUGUCACCGCUCUUUCAGCCGGUGAUGACACCAAAGGUUGAGGAUUAUGAGUUGCCACAGGCUGAUGUUUCCAGCACAUUUCCACUCAUAAGUGGGCACACACUGAAUUUUCGCCAACAGGAAAUUGUUGCAAGGAUCGUGAAAACUGUCCGUCAAAAUAAGCCAAAGAUAGCUUUAAUUCAAGGGCCUCCAGGAACGGGAAAGUCCAAGGUUAUUCUUAAUAUCAUUUGUGAAGUUCUGAAGAGGAAGAAUACCAAACUUUUGCUAUGUGCCCCAUCCAACAGAGCUAUUGAUGAAGUUGUGGGGAAUCUGAUUACUGUGCAGAAGGAACGAGAAGGAAUUAUGGAUGCUUUCACAAUCGUCAGAAUCGGUCGUGACGAGAAAAUGGGUGCUGAAGUGCAAGAAGUAUCAUUGUCAUUCCGCAGUAAAAUGGUUCAUUUCAACCCUCGCAUGCGAAACAUGAUAGAAGCCCAAAUAUUGAAGGAUGCUGAUGUAAUUGCUACGACUUUGUCCUCGUGUUAUACAUUUCAAAUGGAAAAUAUCUUUGGAGUGGAUGGUUUGAAUAUACCAGUGUGCAUCGUCGAUGAGGCAGCCCAAGCGACAGAACUAGGUACCUUGAUACCUCUCAUGCUGGGCGUGAGCACUCUCAUUCUCGUAGGGGAUCCAAAACAAUUACCCCCAACUGUAUUAUGCGAAAGGGCAAAAAUUAACGGGCUCGUCGACUCCCUCUUUUAUCGUGCCAAGAAGAACUUCGACAACCAACAGGGUGAUCCCAUUCUGAUGCUCAACACUCAGUACAGAAUGGUGGAGGAGAUUGUCCAGUGGCCGAACAAUUUCUUCUACCAGGGAGCUCUAAGGACAGGAUCAAACGUUUUUCCAUUGCCCUUCACCAACUAUAAAAUUAUUCAUCACCUCUCCCCGCAGGAUGGUAACGAUUCGAACUUGGGAGAAGCGAAAUUAGUAGUGGAUAUAACUUUUGGAAUGGUGGUUGAACUGGUUAAGAAUUCUGCGAAUACAAAUGUCAGUAUUGGCAUCAUAACUCCGUAUCGAAAGCAGAGAAAGGUCAUUCUGAGUCUAUUGAAGGACCGUUGUGAUGCCCAUGCACCCAAGAAAAAAAAUAUUAUAAUAGCUAAGGCCAGAGAUGUAGAUGAUAAUGAUAACGAGACCUUAAUUGACAUACUAAAGGAUUUAUAUCUAACUGAUAACAUUGAAUUUGAUGAUUGGGAGGACAGGCUGUCCCCGGAGCCCACCGACAAAACAAAUGUUUUACAAAUCUCCAAUCAGGAUGGAAAGGACCCAGAGGAAAAAGACAAUAAGGAGAAUGAAGGGAAGAGUGUUGAAGAUAGUGGAAAGGCGGAAGAAAAAGAUGAACCGGCUGAGAAGAACCUGGUGGAAGUUGAUGAAGAUCCCAGUCCCCUGUACUUAAAGUUAAAAUCAAUUCAAGUAAAUACCGUAGACAGCUUUCAAGGGCAGGAACGUGAUAUUAUUAUUAUGUCUUAUGUUAGGAGCAAAGGCAUUGGAUUCCUUAACGAUCCUAAUCGAUUGUGUGUCGCUCUAACGAGAGCCAAACAUACAUUAAUUCUUUGUGGUAAUUUCAAGACUUUCACAUACUAUCCCAUGUGGAACAGUCUUCUGACAGAUGCUGAAGAUCGCUCCGCGUAUGUUAGACUGACCUGUGAUGCCAGCCCUGAGAGUAUUAUGGAACAUGUGAUAGUUGGCGAGGAUCAGAGGAUAUAGCACAAGUUGUUUUUUAUACCAAAGUUUCUUUUUAUUUUCUUGUUUAUGUAUUUCUUAUUAAACACGAUAGACUCGAGUUUCAUAAUUCAAUGAUGUUGAGAUAAAGAUUAUAUGAAAUGUCAUUAAUAUUUAUCAAUAUUUUUAUAUACAAAAGAGAGAAAAGUUGACAAAGAGAAGGAUGAGAUUUAUUGUUUGAAGUUUUUUGUCGUGAGUUGUGAAAAAAUAAAAUUUGAUGUUUCUACCAUGAAAAA